UCCUAGAAGUUGAGCCGCAGAGGAUGUGCGGGUGUUAGCCGCGUCCCAGCAGCAGUGGGGAGCAGGACUGCAAGUGUGCACUGUAUGGCACCAGCCCCGAGGCGCGAGUGUACGGCCCGAGCCUGAGCAGGCGACCGGCUGCUGCCAGAGCCUCGCUCCCCGCCCCAGCCUGGGCUAUCUCAGCGCCGGCCGUCCCGGCUCUGACCUAAGAGACAGAGGCCGCCGCUUUCCCGGCUGGAAGCGAUCGCCCGUAGCUGCGAGCCCGUGCCCUGCCCGGGGCCGCCCUCUGCCCGAGGCCGGCUGCCAAAGGCGGCCGCGGGGCCGCGCAGCCCGGCGCCCCCGCCCCCGGCGUUCGCGGCCCCCCCUGCCGCCGGCAGAUAACCGCGGCUCCGCGGGCCCCCCCGGCUCUUCCCCACCCGCCCAGCGCGGACUCGGCCCCGGCUCGACAGCCGCUCUCCAGGCGCCAGCUGCCUCUCGUCGCCGCCGCGGCUCGGGCAAGGAUGGCUCGCCAGCCCCGGGGCUUUCUGCAGGAGGCCUCUCACCAAGUCGUCGCCGGAGGCUCGGCGGGUCUUGUAGAAAUUUGCCUGAUGCAUCCCCUUGAUGUAGUGAAAACAAGGUUCCAAAUUCAAAGAGGGAAAACUGAUCCAACCAGUUACAAGAGCCUGGGGGACUGUUUUAGGACUAUUUUCCAACGAGAAGGGUUACUUGGCUUCUACAAAGGAAUACUUCCUCCCGUCUUGGCUGAGACACCCAAACGGGCAGUGAAGUUUUUCACCUUCGAACAAUACAAGAAGCUACUAGGAUAUGCAUCAUUACCGCCAGGACUGGCAUUUGCAGUUGCUGGCUUGGGAUCUGGGUUGACAGAGGCAGUUGUGGUUAACCCAUUUGAAGUAGUAAAGGUUACCUUACAGACCAAUCAGAAUGCCUUCACAGAGCAACCAUCUAGCUUUGUUCAAGCUCAGCAGAUCAUUAAAACCGGUGGUCUGGGCUUCCAAGGACUCAACAAAGGCCUUACUGCAACCCUGGGCCGUCACGGAGUUUUUAACAUGGUUUACUUUGGAUUCUACUUCAAUGUGAAAAACAUUCUUCCAGUCAAUAAAGAUCCAAAUUUGGAGUUUUUGAGGAAAUUUGGAAUUGGGCUAGUCUCAGGAACAAUAGCCUCAAUUAUUAACAUUCCUUUUGAUGUUGCAAAAAGUAGGAUUCAAGGACCACAGCCAGUUCCUGGAGAGAUCAAGUACAGAACCUGUUUUAAAACUAUGGCAACAGUCUAUAAAGAGGAAGGAUUUCUGGCUCUGUACAAAGGCUUGCUUCCCAAGAUCAUGAGGCUGGGUCCAGGUGGUGCAGUGAUGCUUUUGGUUUAUGAAUACGUUUAUGCUUGGCUUCAGGACACAGUUAAUCACAAGUAGCACUUCUGAAAAAUGUACUCUUUAAAAUUAUAUGCAUUCUAAAAUACGCUAUAGCAAAGUAAAAUUGAUUCUUAUCCUUUAUACUGUUGAAUACCCUCAGAUUGCAGUGAUGUUAAAAACAAAUAUGGUCUUUAGGUCCUGAUCCAAGAAGACAUUUAAGCACAUGCUUUUCUGUAAAUGCAUAAUUAAAUAGCACUUGACAUUUGUAAUUGUUUUGCUGGACCAAGAGAAAAUAUAAAGCAGACAUAAGAACCAGUUAGUUUUUAAAGGACAAACUGAAAUUUCUUGACACAGAAUCAUUCUAUGUAAUCAUACACUUUUUUAAAAGUUUCAGCUGAAAUGGCAAGAUAAAAACUUUCAGGGCAUUUUAAAGAAAAAAAGAAGAGUAAUCUUGGGGGGGCAGAUACUGAGCUAUUGUAAACUGACAGCUCCAUUGACUCCACAUUAAGAAAAUGACCCAUACUCUGCAACUCUUGAAUCAGUCUUGGGUCCAGUUUCAAUUCAGCCCAGUAUGAUUUCAGCAUACAUAGAAGAGCUUUGCGAGUUCUGCAGAGUUUGGAUAGAAAAGGACAGCACAAGCAGCCACAACUUUAAAAACAUGCAUAGUGUUAAAUAUCCUACUUGUUCUUAGCCAUAUAUAUGAUAUAAAUUUCAUUCAGAACACAGAAGAUACUGAAAAUAAUUAGUCUGCAUCAUUACAUAAAAAUGCAAAACAACAUGGAUUCAUAGAAGAAAUGAGUAAAUAAAUUAACAGAAAAAAGUGAUUUUAGGCAUAUGAGAUUUUACUGCAAAUUUUUUAUCCACCUUGAUAUACUAUUCUCAAAAGAGCUGUCCUGUGGUAGAAAUGCUCAGUGCACCCUGACUGACCCCUUAGCCUUUAAUUUCCACCAUGGAAUGGUGAAACAAGGUUGUAGACUGAUAGCACAUCUGCAGUUGUAAUUAGCUCGCCGUACACCUCGAAGAAAUGCACCUUUCUGUAGAUAAAAAACUGUUGCUCUGAAGCUAAAAUUUUUGCUUUUCCCAGUCACUGUAAAUAUAAAUAUUUCAGGGAUAUACUCAUGUUCUUACUGGCCAUUCUAACUCUGUGAAAUACAGUAAAUUCUGCUAUGCUGACUGAAGACAUAGUUUCUGUUCAUUCUACAUUUUAAUUUUAAAAACUCUAUAAAUAAUUUAAAACCACACAUUAUUCUGUUAUAAAAAUGUCUCCAUUAUCUAACUUGGUUUGUUGUCAAAUGAGCACAUAUCUUGCAAUUGCUAGAAAGUUUCAGUAUCUCCCCAUACUGUAUUCACACUGUUAAUGUUAAAUGUUCUUAAGGAGGUACAAACCUGUUCCUUAGCAAUCCUAAAGUAGUAUCUUUCUGCAUUUUUACUUGAAAAUGGCAGUUCACAUGUGAAGUCUCAUCUCACGAGUGUUUUUAAAGCAUUGGAAAAGCAACAAAAAGUUAAAAAUAGAAAUGUGUUUUCAGAGCUUUCAAAGACGCCUGUAUCAACAUGCUCAAUAAGCCUCUCUUUUGUCUGAAUUUGGCAACAGUGGCUUUUCAUACCUAUGCUAUUUCAUAGCUAAAAUCAAUAAAAUUAGCUCUGUUAAAGUUUA